AUGGUCCAGGUAUGCCAUUCUGAGGUCAGAGAAUUUGAGGAUCAGUUUGUGAACGUCUACGGCAAUCGCUUCCUUUUCCUUUGCCCACCCAACGAGUACGGUGUGCCCAAGUUCUUGCCCUCCACCAUCCGCCCGACGCACUUGCCGUACCAAGAGCUGUACGAGUACAAGUCAUGUACCAAAUUUCUGGCGGAUUUCUUCAACUAUGACGAGUUGGCACCUCCCGACUGCUACCCCACCGUGAUUCCAGCACCUGCAUCAGUAUUGACCUGGCAGGCAGGGGAUUGCUUUGACCUGUCUAUUGCUUUGGCCUCGCUGCUCAUUGGGGUUGGCUAUGAUGCCUACUGCGUCAGCGGCUUUGCACCCAGAUUUAUCACUACCAGAAAUGAGGCGCGAAGUGCUUGUCCACAGCUGGACGUCGACAUAGAAGAGACGAAGGAAGAAGACAAGCAGGAGGAUGAUGAGUUCGUGAUUCCCAAGAAGCCACCGCUGAGGUCAGAAUAUUUGGAUGCCAAAAAACGCGCAGAGGAAGCCGAUUUGGCCCGCUUGCAGGAGGAGGAGAUGAAAUCCGAUUCCGAGGAUGAUCCCUCCAGUGAUGAAGACGAACAUGAGAACCGACGGAUUCACUGCUGGGUGCUGGUGCGCAAAGGAGCACGAGAGGUGGCCGAAGACAUGUACCUGGAGCCAACCACCGGGAGGAUCUACUCGGUGACGCGCUGCCCAUAUCUGAAGAUUGAUCUCAUUUGGAAUCACCGAAACCUCUGGGUCAACAUGCAGGUGUGUGGCGCUUCUCACGUGCAGCUUGAUUUGUACAACUCGCGGUACUUCGAGUAUGUCAUGCUGGACGCAGAGAACCCGGGAGAUCAGGGUGGCGAUGCGGAUGACGCAGGUGCUGCGGCCCCGGAUGACGAUCGCCAAGGGGAGCACACGGCGCAGAUUUUGGACCUCCCAUCACCAUGGAGUGAGCGUCCAGACAUUCCACGGGAGAGGUUCCAUGCGCGCUGCUACCAGGGAGAAAAGACCAUCUUCUAUCACAAGUGCAAAGUGGAGCAGUACGCGCCCUACACUCAAGACGAUGGCCUGGUCCAGCGGAUUACCCUCUACAAGGACGUGCGACGCCAAAUUCCAUUGGAGAUCCGAGAGCGGUUCAAACACCGCAAGGACAAGCUGAUUGAGCGAAAGCGUCGGCCCAUGCAAAACGAGACGAUCGAGCGCUUCCUCCCGGGACGGCCCUCCACGAGUGCCACUGUGGGCGGUGCACUCAAGGAGUUCCGCGAGAUUAGUGCCCUGAGCCGUGAACUGAUCUUCUACAAGUCGCGCUUAGAUGGCCUGGUGCGUUCCGUGGAGAUCAUUGGCAGGAAGAUGUUCGAAUACUUCGAGGAUCGGGAUGACCGCUUGAUCUACCACUCAGUGACACUGGAUCCCACGGCCUUGAUGAAUGGCACGCUGCGGAACAACACCAAGAACAAGGACACCUACACCGUGGAUUCGGUGGGUGAAGUGCCAAUCAAGAAGAUGACAGAGAAGUUCCGCCGCAAUCCCGAGGUUCCCGCAGACGAGGACAUUGCGAAGAUCAGUUUCUAUCUGACGGAGCAGAGUUCCACCUCCAUCUACUCAUCCACUGGGAAGAUCCGGGUCGACUAUCACCGAGAACCUGGAUCCUUAACAUUCAGGCAAUGUAUGUACCACUAUGAAGAUGGCAACUUGCGACGACGACCUGCGAAUCUUCCACAACCAACUCAGGCGGAAGUGCAUAAGCUCCUGCAGAUGCAGUCCACAUGUCGGGAGCGAAUCACCAGUUCCCACAACAGCAUCACACAGGAGCUCACGGCUCGACGCAAAGACGAGAUCAGCAUCCGUGGCAUGCGCUCAGUGGCAGCAGGGAAGAAGCGUGAUCUCACGACCAUCCCAGGCAGCCGCGAUGAUGUGCUGGAACCUUCAGUCUAUGACCUGGCCCGUGAAAGCGCACGGGUGGAAGACUCUCGGGAAGGACAAGAAGAGGAGAAGCAGGAAGAGCAGACGUCCAAGGUGGACAUUCUGGCGCCGUACUUGGUGGAUUUUGUUAACAAGGAGACAGGGCUAGUGCAGUUGGAUUCUCUGCAAGCAGAGUUAGUCGCCAAAAAGUGCACCACGGAUUUCCGCAAGCGCUUGACGGACCGGGCGGAGAUCAUCCAACGGCGUUUGGAGGAAGAGCAGGAACUACUUCGGAAGCGGCGUGCACAGAUGCAACGCAGAGGGGAUUCGGUGGAGAAGGACGAGCAAGCCUUCGCUGCGUAUCAAGACGAGGCCAUGUUCCGCACGCAGAUCUUGGAGCAGCGCCUGGCUCGGCACGAGAUGCAGGCCAUCGAAAAGUUCCAGGAGCUGGAACGAAUGCUUCAAGAGGAUCCCAGAUUGGCUGCCAUGUGGCAGAAAGAGCCUGCAGCCGUCAAGGGCUGA